AACGGGCGGGGCGGGGCCGGGCAAGUUUGUUUCCAGACUUCGGAGCCGAAGAGCUCCUACCGCUGCAACGCAGGUGCACUGGGCCUGGGUCAGGAUGGAGCUGCCCGCCGUGAACCUGAAGCGAGCAGAAAACCCCCACAUUGUGCACUUUGGAAGACACUGUGGGGCUUCCUGGGAUGUCUUCAUUUCCUGUCCUGUGUCUUCGGCGUUGUCACGAUGCCAGCGGCUGUUCUUCUUUUUCUCCCCGCCCACCUCCAGCCUUCGUCUAGGUUCUGCCUGCAGACAGAGGGGCUAGGCCCUUAGCUUUGGUCUGGAAGGCUGAACCUUGGACCAAACCCGCCCAUUUAAGGUCUUGGUGCAGCCUCCUUUGGGACCACAUCCAGGAAUGCCCUUUUACUCAGGAGUGACAAACCAUUUAGCACCCCGUGGUGUGGUGCCUGGUGCAAGAAGAACCCAGGGGUGGCUGAUUCCAAAACGACUCAUAAUCCAUGUUUCGAUUAGACAUGCCUGUGCUGUGAUUUCACCUGGGCACAGAUUUUCUUUUCAAUCAGCAGAUGGGGGGAGAGAUCCCUGGAACAAGGGGUCGGACUUGGGUUUAAAGUUUAGCUGGGAAGAAAUUCACAUGAGGCCAUCUGAGGUUUGUUGGUAUCAGUACGCAAGUCUUUUGAGCACCUAUGCUAUUCCAGGUGGGUUGAGUUUAAUGUAGAAGGUAUACACCUGCUGACUGCCUUUCCUCUGAUUAGAGAUUUGCACAAACUAAUUGCUAAAAAUGGGAGAAUCGGAUGAGGGACAGUGCUGCAGGAACUGAAAAGAAAGAAGAGAGCGCUCAUUUAUGGAGUAUCUGUGGUGUGCCGGGAUUAAUUAUUUAAUCACAACAACCUCCCGAGCAAACUUUUGACAGAUGAGCAAACUUUGGCUCAGAGAGGGGGCUUAAGAGAAGUGAUCAAAUGGUGCUAAGUUUCUUAAAUAUUUAUAAAGUAAAAGCGGCAAUGUCAUGCAGAGGGAAUUGCAUGUCUUUGAGGAUCCGCUGUUUGUCCAGGCAAUCCUCCUGGUUCACUGGAUACUGACGACCUGGGGUUCCAUCGUAUUCUCGGGCCCCUAUGCCUGGGCCAACUUCACCAUCCUGGCCUUGGGCCUGUGGGCUGUUGCUCAGAGGGACUCCAUCGACGCCAUAAGCAUGUUUCUUGGUGGCUUGGUGGCCACCAUCUUCCUGGACAUCAUCCACAUUAGUGUCUUCUAUCCGCGGGGGGACCUCACGGACACGGGCCGCUUUGGGGCCGGCAUGGCCAUCCUCAGCCUGAUCCUGAAGCCGUUCUCCUGCUGCUUCGUCUACCACAUGUACCGGGAGCGUGGGGGUGAACUCCUGCUCCAUGUCGGUUUUCUUGGACCCUCACCAGGGCGCAGUGCCUACCAGACCAUUGACUCACCAGAAGCAUCCAACGACCCCUUUGCAGGCCCAGAGAGCAGGGGUCAGCCGGGCCAUGGGUACUGAAGUCAGGCCCGCCCUUCUGACCCCGCCUGGGCUGUAUCGCCUUCCUCAUGCCUUAGAGGCCAUUCUAGGGAUGCCCAUGACCUCCCUUUCUCGGACCUCGGAUGGAACGUGUCCUCUCGUUCCCCAUCUCAGGAGCUGCCUGCAGCAAGCGCCUGGAGAGGCCGGGAGCCCCAUGCACCCCCACUCCAUGCACAUAUCUGCCCCAGAUUCCCCAAGCCUUCCCUCCUCUCCAUCAUCCCACUGGUCCCCAGACUGGGAACCAUAAUCUCUGUCCCAAUUGUCUGCCCCUUAGCUGCUCUGUGCAGGCCUCAGACCAAGUCAUCCCUGAGCCAGGCAGAGUCAGGUACCUAUGGGCCAGUGAGGCCCUUGCCCACUCCUCACUCACCACUUAUCGGGCCCCUCUGUAAAAGCUCUGAUAACUUUGGGCCAAGCUCAGCCCACGGACAGUGAAGCAUGGGAAUGAGGUCCCAGUGCCUGAUCACAUGGUGCCUGGGGACCCCCCGGGCUGGAGGCAGGGGUGUCUAUGGUACCAGAGACACUGCUACAGCCAGCUGCCAGCUGCCUUCCCGGAGCCCUGUCAUUAAAAUUUGGGGAAUCCUGUUGCUGGGCUGUGUUUUGACCCAUAUUUAAUCCCCUGGCUGGGCUGGGGCCUGGGGUUUGCCAUUCCUUGAAAGAGUUCUCAUUCUGAAUCCCUGGGUAGAAUCCAGGUUUAGCUGCCACUUCUGUCAUGGCUGCAAAGAUGCCGGCUGGCCAUUUUGGGAGGAAGCCUUCAGUGAGCGCAGAAUUCUGAGUGCGUGUUACUGACCAGCAUGUCUUCAGAAAAAUAAACACCCAUGUAUGAUUCAGUGACAUUAAGCGCAUUCACUGUGUGGUACAACCUCCCU